AUGCCGAGAAAACCAGAUUAUGGUGAGAGCAAAGACCGUGAGUCUUCUAAACAAGUGAAUAUAACCGCAUCUUCGAGGAGGCAUGGUAGUAGGGGUUCGUCUACUCCCGGAUCAAGUAGUGACCAAGCUGGUGCUGCAAUUUCGAAGCUGAAUGAGUUUUUCAAUCAGAACAGUAGUAGUAAACAGGACGAGGAUGGAGAUGAGUUCAUGGUCAGCGACAGUAGAAUGGUUAUUGACAACGAUGAUGGCGAUGACUCGGAUGAACAAGAUCAGGUUGACCUUAGUCGUCCAUCUGGUCAUCGUUAUCGCCGUCGACAAAGUCGAGUAGAAGGAAGUGGUAGUGUCGCUGGUUUUCGGGGUGAUGAUGAUGUUGGAGUAUUUUUGCAUGAGGAGGAUGAAGACCAUAGCAAUAUUCAAGCAUAUGCGGAUGAAGGCGAUGAUGACGUUGACGACGACGACGAUGAUAUAGAGUACGAGCAUCAUCAUUAUCAUCAUGACGAGGAUGACGAUGACGAUGAUGAUAACGAUGAUGACGACGAUGAUGACGACGACGACGACGAUGAUGAAGACAACGACGACGAUAAUGAACAUCCUCACCAGGAUGAGGAGGAUGACAAUGAAGACGAUGACGAUGAGAUAUCACGGCGUAGUCGCCGACACCUCUUGGACUAUCUAUCUGAGGGACUUAUGAUGUCGGGAUUCAGCACACGAGUACGCCCUAUUUUGAAUGCAAUCAAAGAUCAUGGAGACCCCAGUGCAGUUCUUAUGGGUUUGCAAGAGUUAGCAGAUAAUCUACUAAUAUCCACGGAAGACUCUUUGAUUGGCUAUUUUCCCACUGAUGAAUGUGUUCGUGAGCUUGUCCGUAUUCUGAACGAGCCUAUAUAUGAGGACAGUCCCGAAAUCGUGCUGUUAGCUUGUCGUGAUAUUGCAAACCUUAUUGAGGUCUUACCGUCGUCAGUGUCCUCCAUUGUUCAAACCGACUGCAUUCAAGUUUUAUGUCAAAAGCUACUCGAAAUUCAGUACAUUGAUGUUGCUGAACAAGCCCUAGCAGUAAGUGAUAAUUGA